AUGGUUAUCAAAAAGAUCACUCAAAACUGGAGAGAGCUUGCUCAAAUCUGUAUCGACAUACAGCAGAGAUCGAUCCCCAAAGACUACCUUCUUCCGGAUAGCCAGUUGCCGCCCAAGGAACGACGCGAUGUUCAAGGUAUUCCAUACGAAUCAGGAAUCCUCACGACUGAGGAGCUGGAGAUGACAGAACAAGAUGCCUCGGGCUUGUUGGAGAAAUACAAGUCUGGGCAAUGGACUGUACGAGAGGUCAUUGUGGCGUUCUUGAAGAGGACCACCAUCAUCCACCAGCUGACUAAUUUUGCCACUGAGAUUUUGGCCGAAUCUGCCUUGAAAAGGGCUGAUGAGCUUGAUGCUCAUUUCAAGAAGACAGGCCAAUUGUUUGGACCUUUGCAUGGUAUCCCAACCUCAGUAAAGGAGCACAUUGGCAUGGGCGGACGCAUCACCCAUGCCGGUUUUGUGUCGAAGAUCUCCAAUGUUCCGCUUGAGGAUGCCCUUUCCAUUCAAAUUUUAAAGCAGGCGGGAGCAGUUAUACACGUUAGAACGAAUCAGCCCCAGUCAUUAAUGCACUUGGACUGCAACAACAACAUUACAGGCCUUACUUUAAACCCCAACAACCUGUUGCUUUCUCCUGGAGGCUCUUCGGGAGGCGAGGGCGUUUCUGUCGGAGCCAAGUGUUCGGUGAUCGGUGUAGGUACAGACAUUGGCGGCAGCAUCCGAAUCCCGGCUGCUUUCAACGGUUGCUAUGGGUUCCGGCCGACCGCUUUGAGAGUUCCAUGCCUGGGAAACUUUGGGAUCACGUCCGGUCAGGAAAGCAUCCGAGGCGUGGCAGGUCCAUUGGGCCAGAGUGUGAGUGACUUGGACAGAUUCAUGGGCGCAAUGUUGGGGGCAGAGCCGUGGCAAACCGAGACAUCUUUGGUUCCACUGCAUUGGCGACAGCUCGCCGCUAAAAAACACAUCACGAUUGGAGUCAUGCUUGAUGAUGGAUGCGUUAGGCCUCACCCACCAGUUCUCCGAGCUCUGAAUCUUGCGGCGGAAAAGCUGAAAAGCUCUGGGGUGAAUGUUGUUAAGUGGGAGCCUUUUGAUCACGCUCUUGGUUGGAACAUUGUUUCUGCGCUAUACUUCCCUCAGGGACCCAAGCCCUACCUUGACACCUUCGCGGAAGGGGGCGAGCCGACCCUCCCUCUUACCGAACAUGCCUUCCAGUUUUCAAAGUCUCGGCCGCUCACCGUAGCCGAAAACUGGUCUUUGAAUGCCGAAAGAGAGUUGUAUAGACGCGAGUACCACGCUUUGAUGAAACAGAAGGGCGUUGACUUCAUCCUAUGUCCGGCAUACGUCGGUGCCGGCGUUUUGCAGGGUGGCGCCAAGUACUGGAACUACACGGCCAUAUGGAACAUUCUUGACCAGCCCGCAGCAAUUUUGCCUAGCGGACUGCGAGUGAACAAGAACAUUGAUGUGUUUGAUGCAUCUUACGAGCCCAGAAGUUCAGAGGAUGAGAAGGAAUGGAAAGAAUAUGACCCCGAAACCUUUGAUGGCGUACCCGUCUGUUUGCAGUUGGUGGGAAAGCACUUCGAAGAUGAAGAAGUGUUGCAGGCAGCUGCACUUGUGGAUCGGGUUUUGAAAGAUCAGAUUUAG